UGGGGUGAUUCGGGAGUUUUUUUGUCACUCUUGAGCUCGCCGCCCGCGGGGCGGAACUCCGAGUCCGGGGCAGCACGGAAGGUUUCCAGCGGCGGACGCGGCGGGGCCGGAAGGCGGCGGCGGCUCCGCCGGGGUGGCGGCAUGGCGGGCUGGGGGCGGCUGGCCCGGCUCGGCGGGCGCCUCUGGGCGGCGGCGGCGCCGGCUCCCGGACACAGGGGUCAGCUGGGCUUUGUAGUCAGACACAUCAACAGUUCAACAUGGUGGCACGAGCAUCUUUCUGAAGAGAAUGUGGAGUUCCUCAAGAAGAUAACUGCAGAGGAGUACAAAGCUCAGACAGCCAGCAAGCUGUGCCCUCUGAAAGAUGAGCCAUGGCCACUGAAUAAGUGGACACCAGAUUCCAUCAGAGUUGGUGUUGUUGCAGUAAAACUGGGAAUGAUGCCAAUAUGGACCAAAUCAGGAGAAAAACAUGCUGUCACACUACUUAAGGUUCAAGAUUGCCAUGUUUUAAGAUAUGUUUCAAAGGAAGAGUCGGGUGGAAAAACAGCUAAGCUGCUUGUUGGAGGCAAAAAUGUAUCUCCUUUUUCUAAACCAGAGUCUGCACAUGAAAUUUUUAAAGAAGCUGGAGUGCCACGGAAGCAGAAAGUUACAACAUUUAAUGUAACAGAUGAUGCCAUAAUUAAGCCAGGUACUCCCUUGUAUGCUGCUCACUUCCGCCCUGGGCAGUUUGUGGAUGUUACUGCAAAAACAAUUGGUAAAGGAUUUCAAGGUGUCAUGAAAAGGUGGGGAUUUAAAGGUCAGCCUGCAAGCCAUGGCCAGACAAAAACUCACAGACGACCUGGAGCAAUAUCUACCAAUAAAGCUGCCAAAGUCUAUCGUGGAAAGAAGAUGCCUGGUAAAAUGGGUAACAUCUACAGGACAUCUUUUGGAUUAAAGGUGUGGAGGAUCAAUACAAAGCACGAUAUUAUUUAUGUGAAUGGGUCUGUUCCAGGUCACACCAAUUGUCUGGUGAAGGUCAGAGAUAGCAAAUUGCCUACUUACAAGGACUGCAAUAAAAAUCCUCCAUUCCCUACAUUUUUUGCUGAUGGAGAUGAAGAACUGCCAGAAGACCUUUUUGAUGAGGAGAUUUUCCAGUUCACAGAUCCAUCUGUCACAUUCGCAUAAUGUUCCUCGCAUCUUUGAAAACACAGUUUUGUUAUUUUCAUGUACUUUGCAAGGCUUUAUAAAAGUAAGCCUGUGAACUGCAGUCUGGCCAACUGACUUAAACAAUUCAGGUAUUGCCAUUUUGGUCAGGUAAUCAGAUUUCCCACUGUCAGUCUCAAACCUGUACUUAAAGCAACAGAUGGGUCUGAGGGACAGGUUGUAAAGCACACCAAACUGUGUGUCUUCAGUGACCUUUUGUCCUCUGCCCCAGGCUGUGAAAACCUACAAAAUCAUGAAAAGCUGUUGUUUUGAAGAUGGUUCCAGUUCAUUUUCUGAAUGUGAACAAAUUCUGUUUCUCUUCUAUGUAAAGUAUACUGGGCAACUCUGAUCAAUCAGAAGAAGGUUCCAAAUCUGCCUUGGCAUCUGAGGGGGGGGGAUCCAUGAAGAGUAAUCUAAAAUAAAACACAAAAAUGCGUGAGCAUUGUUUUGCAGAA